CGAGCCAAUGGGAACAAUUUAGCAGUUAUCAAAUCUUUUAAAGAUGACACCCUGCGCGUCCUGUGGUUGGCUGCCAUUUAUCAACAACAAAUUUGCUUGAUAAUGACACAAUUAUCUUAUGCCCUAUUAGGCAGGGUCCAAUAUUCGCGGACGUCAAACGGGUGAAAUGGCUGUUCACAGCAGGUUCUCUUCAGUUCCGAACUAAAGCUACGGACGGCAGAGCAACUAGGCAUUCCAAGGACGACACGCAAACUAAGAAGCCUUUUGUGCUAAAGAAAAUCGAACUGCGAUCCACUCACAAAGCAAUGGAGGAAAGAAGGCCUGCCACGGCUAGAGGCAUAUCUUUCAGCGUUGAGUCGCUUAUAUCCAAACCAGAACAAAAUGGCGACAGUCCGUCAAAUUUAUCCCGCACUCCAGGGUUACCGAUUAACUUUUCUGUUGAAAGGCUGUUGGAUAAACAAGAUGUUAGGGGAGGAGAAGCUGUAAGAAGCGCUGAACCGUCUAUCGGUUCGACUACUGAGAGCAAAGAUACUAAUGAACGCGUGGAAUGGACAGAAGACUUUCCUUGGAUGCAUUCUACUAGAUAUGACCCUCCACCUCGGGUUCGCCCACGACUUAGUCCGACGAAAUGCCAACUCAGGAAGCACAAGACUAAUCGCAAACCGAGAACGCCUUUUACAACUUCACAACUCCUUGCAUUGGAAAGGAAAUUUCGACAAAAGCAAUACCUCUCGAUCGCUGAAAGAGCGGAAUUUUCUGCCUCUUUGAACCUUACAGAAACGCAAGUUAAGAUAUGGUUUCAAAAUCGAAGAGCGAAAGCUAAGAGGCUUCAUGAGGCUGAACUAGAAAAACUCAAACUGGCGAGCAAGCCGUAUUUACCACCAAGGUUUCCAUCGAGUCUUGGACCUAGCUCUGUUUGUUGUGAGCCUUCGCCUUACGGUCCUCACUUCGCUUUUCAGUCUUACGCGCACGUAAAUUUGCCGAAUUCACACUUCGGACAAGCUGUAGGUUACUCACACAGGAAUCCUUAUGGCCCUCCUCAAACUUUUCACAAUUUUAUGUACCACUAGACUAGUUGGCAAGUAGCAACAUUUUCUGUUACAUAUCUGUUUAGUUAAACUCUUUUAGGUUGUAUUUUAUUUUUUUAUCUCAGUGAUAUUCUUCUUUUUUUUUUUUUUUUCAUCGAGUUUGCUCGACUAGCAGAUUGGAAUGGAUUUUUUAAAGAGAAUUUAUCGGUGCUUGUGCUACAGAGUGAAAUCCUUAAAGAAAAUGAUAAUUUCAUGUAUUUUUUUAUAUUAUAUGAAAUAUAUGGACGACUAUUGACAAGUGAGCGAGAGUCUAGUGGAAACGUUUUAAAAGAGAGAUUCUGGUUUCAGGCAAUCAAUUUAUUUCAGGUUGUUGUGAGAGCAAUUAUAAAGACAUCAAGCACGUGUUUUUGAAACAAUUUCCGUAAAAUUGCAUUGACAUUGAGACACACAGCAAACCAUUAUGUGAGACCCUAGCAGCUCACUCCUUGACGAUGAAAACAAUGCCUUUGUAAUUAUUUAACCGCCCUAUUAAUGGGAAACACCUCUCGUGCAACCCUGUCAGAAGGAAAGAAUAGGCGUACAGCUAAUUUAAGGCCGUAUAGCUUCUCAGUAUUUUUUUCCCAGAGAAACUGGUUGUCAUAGGGUUGUACCUGCUAAAACUUGUGAAAAGGCCCUAAUCAUCUUGUUUUCGCUGGUGGGGCAAGUUAACUUUCGUCGUCUGUUCCGACGUUAGGUGUUGCCACGCUUCUUAGCGCAUAAGAAACGUCCGGUAAGAAACUGGUGGCCUUAUUUGACAUAAAUGAGUGGCUGCACUUAUCAGCUUAAUGCUGUUAUUUAUUCAGCCACCAGCGAUAGUUACACAUGAAACACCACUUCUAAAUCGAAGUGAAUGAAGAUUUUAUUCCCAAGUAACUUACAUAUUCUGUGUAAAUAUAACAGAAAUAAUCUAUUGUAACAUAUGAAUUGGAAUAAAAUUAUUCUUUGUAGUAA